GCAUGAAUUUAAUUUUUGAACUGGCACAAAUUUCAACACAUGUUUAUUCCAAAGAUUUGCUUUUUCAGGAUGUCAUUAAGACCCUGCUCAUCAUGUGCAGGACAGUAUGUGAUCCAACUCAUUAACUGCAGAACAGUAUGUGAUCCAGCUUUUUGCUUAAAGUUUUUUGUUAACUUUUAUGCUCCAGUUGGGUUCAGUUUACUAGAACCAAAUUUGCUUCAGAAUUUUCAGUUUUCCCCUUGUUGCCUAAAGCAAUCUCCCCCUAGAGGUGUUUAACAUUUCUGGAAAGUGAUAUGAUGGGUUUGCUUAUUCUUCAAGGUGAAGAAGAAUGUGUACCACAUUUGCCCACUUGUAUUUGCUAUUCCUCCUCUUUUUAAAACAAAAUCUGUCUAAAGUCUUGCUGUACAAGAAAAAAUGAGGCUGCAUUGUUUAUUUUCUGUCCCCCCAAAAAACCAAAACAAAAACCAAAAGUAAACGUACCCUUUAUUGAUUAUAAGUAACAUGAACUGGAUUCUCCCACCAUUUUUUUUACAGAUUCUCUUUGGGUUUGCAUGCAGUUCUGGAGCUUAGGGAUUGCUUGAAUUAUCUACAUGUUCACAGCUUUGCUAUUCUUGCUUUUAUUUCUUUUUGCACUGCAUUUUUUGGCUCAGGAAUAUGAGUCCACCUUAAAACUUCAUCCUAUUCUUCAUCCUAUUCUCUUCCAGGCUUUGCUGGCUUUCUGGUAUCUUACUAACAUUUGGCCAAUGCUCAAGCCACCACAUGCAUUGCAUUCCCUAUUGAUUUCCGGCCCCAACACCGAGGUCUGUCGACACAGCCACUUACAGCAAUCAUUCCAUCAGCUCUGUAUUGAGCUUAACCUUGCUUCUCUGAGCAGGCAGAGGAAAUUAUCUGUUAACAAAAAGCCUUUCUCAGUUCUGUCUUCCACCUCUUUAUAAUCACUGAAAAUCACUUAUCAGAAAUGUUAGAUUGUUCCAUGCAUGUAAAACGAUGGAGACCUAAUAAUGUAUUGAUUUGUUUGUUUGAUGUUGUCAUAUCAACCCCUUGGCAGAUCAAAUUAGGUGUUGGUCUCAAAAUUACAACUCCUAUGCCAUAGCCAGGUUCCAUUUCACUCUGCUAGUUGACUGUGACUGCUUCAUCCUCUUUCUGCAGGGUGGAUCUUUUAGCUAAUGAGAUUUGCAACUCAUCUCUAGAUUCUCAUCCUUGACAAUUCCAACAAGACAGUUUUGGAGACCUGUUCUUCUGCAGGUUCUGACCUGAGUGUUGUGAUUUAAUGUCUGGAUUCUCUUCUCUAAGGAAUACUGGGAAGAGCCCAGGAGCCCAAAGGAGUGUAGCCCUCAUCCCUGAAGGAACAGCACAGGAAAUGUGAAUGAUGCUAACAGCUGAGAGAAACACGCUUCGCAUCAGCAGCAAUUAAACGGAUGGGCAGCAUCCUUGGAACCAUGGGGUGCAGCAGUUCUGUAGCUGACAGAAAGUCAGAGAAUGUCAUCAGAGCUGCAAUCCUCAUCCAGAAGUGGUACCGCUUCACCAUGGCCCGCCUGGAGAUGAGGCGCCGCUAUUCCCUCAGCAUCUUUCAGUCAAUCGAGUAUGCUGAUGAGCAGGACCAGCUGCAGCUCUCCAAUUUUUUUACAUUCAUGCUGGAUCAUUGUACUCAUCCUGAAGCAGAUUCUCAAAUUUUCACCAGCCCUAGUGCUCCUCAGGUGGUGGAUGAAGACUUCUCUUUAAAAGAAUUUGAAAAGAAGAUUGCUGUUCCAGACUCCUAUUAUGGACCACGACUCUCAUUCCCCCUUACUGUUGAAGAUGCCAAUGCUCUCCUUCAUGCUUUCAGGAAUGAACAGCUGCUUCAUGCCCGCUAUGUGCUGCAGUUGCUAAGUGAAACUAGGAGGGUUCUCAAGGAGAUGCCAAAUAUCACCCAUCUUUCAACUUCCUACUCCAAGGAGAUAACUGUCUGUGGAGAUUUGCAUGGAAACUUGGAUGAUCUUUUGCUGAUAUUCUAUAAGAAUGGUCUGCCUUCAGAACAAAACCCCUAUGUCUUUAAUGGUGAUUUUGUCGACAGAGGGAAAAAUUCUAUGGAAAUUCUUAUAAUCCUAUUUGCAUUUCUUCUUAUCUAUCCCAAUGAUUUACACUUGAAUAGAGGAAACCAUGAAGACUACAUCAUGAACCUGAGGUAUGGAUUCACAAAAGAAGUUUCAAAGAAGUACAAGGACCAUUGGAAACAAAUUUUGAGUCUUCUGCGAGAUGUUUUUAGCUGGCUUCCCCUUGCCACGAUAAUUGAUAGCAAAGUUCUUAUCCUACAUGGGGGGAUUUCAGACACCACAGAUUUGGAUUUCCUGAAUGCACUUGAGAGAAAUAAGUUGAAAUCUUUGAUGCGGCCACCAAAGUCAGGGACAAACAGACAGGACCAAGUGAAGAAGAAAACUCCCGUGACCAAACCCAGUAAACACACUGCCAGCCAGCAUGUUGCAGGGAAGACCCAACACAUCUCUUCAUCAGGCUUCACGGAGCCUUCAGGUUCAAAUUUGCCUCCAGACCCCGCCCUGAAGGAAUGGAAACAAAUCCUUGACAUUCUGUGGAGUGAUCCAAGGAGCCAAAAUGGCUGCACACCAAACAAGUGUCGAGGAGGAGGCUGUUACUUUGGUCCUGAUGUCACUGCCAAGCUGUUUGAGAGAUAUAAUCUGAAGAUGCUCAUCAGGUCCCAUGAAUUUAAGCCAGAAGGUUAUGAGAUCAGUCAUGAUGGGAAGGUUAUCACCAUAUUCUCUGCCUCUAACUAUUACGAGGAGGGCAGUAACCGGGGCGCUUACAUCAAGCUGAAUCCCGAGCUGACCCCGCGCUUUGUGCAGUACCAGGUCAGCAAGCUCACGCGCAGGCAGAAUCUCCGUGAGAGGGUAGGUACAAUUGAAUCAUCUGCCUUAAAGUCCUUACGAGAGAAGAUUUAUGCACACAGGUCUGAACUCAUCAGUGCUUUUGCACAAUACGACACCAAUGGCACAGGCAGGAUUUCUGUCAAUGACUGGGCUGCAGCGAUGGAGUCUGUCCUACAGCUGGAACUGCCCUGGAGGAUGCUGCGCUCUCAGCUAGCACAGAUGAACCCAGAUGGAGAAGUUGACUUCAUGUCUUGUUUUUAUGAUUUGAAAAUGGGUCAACCUAUAAAAGAGGCUCAGCCAGCUUUGGCAGAAACACUGUGCAGAUACAGAAAGGAUUUGGAGAUCAUCUUUAACAUCAUUGACAAAGAUCACUCAGGUUUGAUUUCUCUUGAGGAAUUCAGCCAGACAUGGAGACUGUUCACUUCUCACCUGGGCAUUGAUAUACAGGAUGACUCCAUUGACAAGUUAGUCCUCAGCAUAGACUACAACAAAGAUGGUCACAUUGACUUCAAUGAAUUUUUAGAGGCCUUUCAUGUUGUUCACAGACUUGAGAAAAAGGCAACCUCUUGAAAAGGCAGAAUUUCUCAUGGGUUGUCUUGGAAGCUCAGCUUGCUGUCAUUAGUCAUAAAGGGGCUGCUUGAUAGGGUCACAGUGCAAGCCUUUAUUUAGCCCUUCCUGGAUGAUCUGUACCUGCUAAUAAUGGGAUAGAGGAGAUGAAAACCCACACUUACAGUAUUACUGUGUCACUGCCACACACUGCCAGCACCUUACAGUUCAUCCCCUCCUCUUGGCAUCUCCCCCACCAAUCUAAUCCCUGAACAUUGCCAAGGUCAUGCCUACAGCUGUGUAGGGAGAGAGGCUUUGGUAUGUGUCUGCCAGCAGUCCUCAGCUGAGAGCACUGAUAACCACAAGGAACAUACCAGAGCCACCCUGGUGAUGGAACAGGCACGAGAGAGCUGGCUGUGGGGUGUCCAUUGCAGGAGAGAAAAACAGGGAGGAAGCAUCUGGUUCAAAAGAAUAGUUCUGCAUUUAAUCUUGCUCUUUGCAUGAUUCAGAGGAAUUAAAUUAUUCCAGGUCAAUCUCUUAUCCUUCUACAAGUUUACAGGCACAACUGAGAGGAUCUUGGUUGAAAGGUGUUUACAUUUGCACUUAUACUUCCUCUUGCCUCUGGUUACUUUUCCCCAUACUUGUUGGGAUUUGGAGCUCUGAAACAAUCACAACUGUUUCUGAGAUGGAGCCAGGCUCUUCACAGUGGUGCUGAGCAGCAGGACAAGAGGCAAUGGGCAGAAACUGAUGCACAGGAAGU